ACAGCUGCUGGCAAGGUCGUCUAGCGGGCGCGGAGGACAGAGGCGGGGCGGGGCCGAGGCAGGCCGGAGGCGGGCCCCGGAGGGGCGGGACCGGACGCCUGCGCCAUAAAGGCCGCUGCACGCACUGGUGCUGGCUUGCUGCGCGCUGCCGCUCCUCUUUCCUUCUUCCGCGCUCUUCCUGCUCCGUGUACCUCUCUGGUCCCGCCAUGGCUGCGCUCACCCGGAACCCGCAGUUCCAGAAGCUGCUGGAGUGGCACCGCGCGAACUCUGCCAACCUCAAGCUGCGCGAACUUUUUGAGGCGGAUCCGGAGCGCUUCAACCACUUCAGCUUGAACCUCAACACCAACCAUGGGCAUAUUCUGGUGGAUUACUCCAAGAAUCUUGUGAACAAGGAGGUGAUGCAGAUGCUGGUGGACCUGGCCAAGUCCAGAGGCGUGGAGACUGCACGGGACAACAUGUUCAGUGGUUCCAAGAUCAACUACACCGAGGAUCGGGCGGUACUGCAUGUGGCCCUUCGGAACCGGUCCAACACACCCAUCAAGGUGGAUGGCAAAGAUGUGAUGCCAGAGGUGAACAGGGUUCUGGACAAGAUGAAGUCUUUCUGCCAGCGGGUCAGGAGUGGUGAUUGGAAAGGGUACACCAGCAAAUCCAUCACGGACAUCAUCAACAUUGGCAUCGGAGGCUCUGACCUGGGACCCCUCAUGGUGACUGAAGCUCUCAAGCCUUACUCUAAAGGAGGUCCCCGCGUCUGGUUUGUCUCUAACAUUGAUGGGACCCACAUUGCCAAAACAUUGGCCAACCUGUCCCCUGAGACUUCCCUCUUUAUAAUUGCCUCCAAGACCUUUACCACUCAGGAGACCAUCACCAAUGCAGAGACAGCAAAGGAGUGGUUUCUGGGAGCUGCCAAGGAUCCGUCUGCAGUUGCAAAGCACUUUGUUGCCCUGUCUACAAACACGGCCAAAGUGAAAGAGUUUGGAAUUGACCCUCAAAAUAUGUUCGAGUUCUGGGAUUGGGUAGGUGGCCGCUACUCGCUGUGGUCCGCCAUUGGACUUUCCAUCGCUCUGCAUGUGGGUUUUGACCACUUCGAGCAGCUGCUGUCCGGGGCUCACUGGAUGGACCAGCACUUCCUCAAGACACCCCUGGAGAAGAAUGCCCCUGUCCUGCUGGCUCUUCUGGGCGUCUGGUAUAUCAACUGCUACGGCUGUGAGACCCACGCCAUGCUGCCCUAUGACCAGUACAUGCACCGCUUCGCUGCCUAUUUCCAGCAGGGUGACAUGGAGUCCAAUGGAAAGUAUAUCACCAAGUCCGGGGCCCGGGUGGACCACCAGACAGGCCCCAUCGUGUGGGGGGAGCCAGGGACCAACGGUCAACAUGCAUUCUACCAGCUUAUCCACCAAGGCACCAAGAUGAUACCCUGUGAUUUCCUCAUCCCUGUCCAGACACAGCACCCCAUACGGAACGGUCUCCAUCACAAGAUCCUCCUGGCCAACUUCUUGGCCCAGACGGAGGCCCUGAUGAAGGGGAAGUUGCCUGAAGAGGCCAGGAAGGAGCUCCAGGCUGCGGGAAAGAGCCCAGAGGACUUGGAGAAACUCUUACCACACAAGGUCUUUGAAGGAAACCGUCCGACCAACUCUAUUGUGUUCACCAAGCUAACACCCUUCAUUCUGGGGGCCUUGAUCGCCAUGUAUGAGCACAAGAUCUUCGUUCAGGGCAUCAUGUGGGACAUCAACAGCUUCGACCAGUGGGGAGUGGAGCUGGGGAAGCAGCUGGCCAAGAAAAUUGAGCCAGAGCUGGAGGGCAGCGCUGCCGUGACCUCCCAUGAUUCCUCCACUAAUGGACUGAUCGGCUUCAUCAAGCAGCAGCGGGACACCAAAAUAGAAUAAAUCCAGCCGCGGGCCCUACUGACUGCUCCUUCAUGUCCCUUCUCACCAUAUGUACUGCAUGGUCCUGCCCCUCCCUGCCCAGAGCUCACCACCGGUAGUUGGCCUGGACUACAAGGCUGUUGGGAGAAGCUGGUCUGGCACUGCCAUCCACCCACUAUACACCCUUCCUGUUGAAGCAGGUGGAAGGGCUUUGAUGUGUCAUGUUGUUCUGACCUGUAUUCACAUCCCAGCUAGAAUAAAGACACCUAGAGGAGGCAUGGGCUCAGCCUCUUCAGUUUACUGAGUUUAC